AUCUCAAUCUAUGCUUUGUGUUUGCCCAUUUGCCACCUGUUACCUUUUUCUCUCCAAAGAAAAUUUUCUUUCAUUGGGAAUCUAGAAUUUUCUCCCAUCCCAAACACUCAUCUCUCUCUACCCUCUUAACUCUGAGUUCUCUCCCUCUGUAUAAUUUCUCUGAUAGGUUGUGUUUGAAGAUAGUGCGAAUGAUGAGCUCUGAAAUAGAAUGCGGAAACCGUCCAGAUUGUGACAAUCAGCAAAUCACAAACUACACCAAUAAUUCUCAACCUUGUAAGUUGCACGGCGGCAAUAGCACCACUGCCAAUAUGUCAAAAGAAGAAAAAAGAAAUUGGGCUUGGCCCAAGGGCUUGGUUGACAGUGAGCCAGUGCCCAGAACAAGCCAUAAGGAAAUGCGUAUAACUUUGUCCGGUGUAGAAUCAACACUACCAUAUAAGAGUAGAGAUGAAUCCACUGUUCUUCCAUUGAUGAAUAAUGAACACUAUCAUGCCUCUACUUCUCAACCAGAGCUUCUUACCCUUUCAAUGACAACCGAUACGUCUUAUACAUACCACGACCCGUCCUAUGGAGGACUGCCAUCUCCAUUUGAAUUUCAAACAAUGCAUAAUUCAGAUUAUAGUAGAAUGGCACAAGCUAGAAUGGCUUUGCCUUUAGCAAUGGCGGAAGAACCUGUUUACGUGAAUGCGAAGCAGUACCAUGGAAUUCUACGUCGACGACAAUCUCGAGCCAAGGCGGAAGUCGAAAAUAGAAUAUCCAGAUCACAAAGAAAGCCAUAUCUUCACGAAUCCAGACACCUGCACGCCAUGAGAAGGGAAAGGGGAUGCGGAGGGCGUUUCUUGAGCAAAAAGAAGAAGGUAGAAGCUUCGACUUCGUUGGAUGAUGAUGAUGAUGGGGAAGGCAGCAACAUUAGUUUAGGCUCUGAAUCAAUGUGCAAUGGCAGCAACUGUUAUCAAGGGUCCCAACUACAUUUAUCUGCAUAUAUAUGAAUGGUUAGGUGUUCUGGCUUUGGAAAUAACUUGUCCCCCCGUUUCUUCCGCUACUUCGAAGAUUAACACUAAAUUAGUAGGACUCAAAAAUAUAUAUUUUGUAUUUGAUCUUUUUAGUUUAAGAGUUUUUCUUUUUUGUGUGAGUGAUA